GACGGUCGCGCAUGGUAAUUUCGUCAGACGAGGAGUCGGCACCCUCGAAUCGCGCACAACAGUCCACCACUUUCUCUCUCUCCAAGGCGCGAGCUGGUUCUAGCGAUUUUCCUGACGACCAUGCCUCCGAUGCGCCGAGUAAUAAAGUUGCUGAAAUUACACAUCCGAUCCACCUCCAGGAGCUUCGCCAACCACGACGGGAUAAUCAGGGAUCCCGUCCAGGAACUGCGCGCAGUCGGCCCGUUAGCCAACACGCAGCGGACAACCGGACAGGGAAAACAAGCACCAGUGACAGCGAGUCGCGGCUAUGGGAUUCCCUCAACUCGACAGAGGGCCUAGGAAGCAACGAUGAACACUCAUCUUGGACGCAGUCCCACUUACUACCCUCGAGCCCUGGUUCGCACGACAAACAACGCCCAAUCAUCACAACCGCGAACCUAGAUGAAAUACGCACCCUAUCGGCGGCAUAUGGCGAGUCGGGAGAAGGCCUGAGCUAUGGUCAGGAAGCCGCCCAGCGUCUGAGCAAGGAGCAGUCGCAUGAAGGAGGAGACUAUGUGGCUGAUGGAGGUACAGCAUCUUGCAUUCUACAGCCAGAGGUUAAACUAAGCCCCGCAACAGAAGAUAAUAAGUAUAGAUACAUUCACAACAUCUAUGGCGGAGUACUCAUAGCGGAAUCUGCUUGUAUACAACAAUCCAAGGCAUGGUCCCAAUCGGAAAACGAAAUGGGGCCUCAACAGCUUCACAAAAUAACCUUCGUGCAUCGACUCCUACUCCUUGAGGUUAUCGACUUUCUCAAGGCUUCGCAAGCUCCGGAAGAACCUCCCCACAUUAAGCGUCUUGCUGUGGAAUAUCGCAUUCCGGUUCGGCUUUGGCGCAAUGGGAUUGGUUCUUUGUUUGAAGUGCUACGCCAUCGGCUUCCCGGCUCCUUAGAACACAUGCUCAUGUUCAUCCAUCUGGCCUACUCGACGAUGACUCUUUUGCUACAGAUCGCCCCCGCAUUUGAAGACAAUUGGAUCGAGUGUCUCGGCGACAUCUCAAGGUACCGCCUAUCCCUCGAAGAAUCCAACUCUCCCGAACGUGUUGUCUGGGUCGGGAUCGCUAGGUACUGGUAUAACAAAGCCGCCGAUAAGAACCCCGGUGUCGGCAGAAUCCAGCAUCAUCUUGCGGUACUGGCUUGGCCGGAUAUUGUGCAGCAGCUAUUCUACUAUACAAAGUCACUUGUCUCUGUACGCGCAUUUGCCGGCUCUAAGGAAAGUAUCUUUUUGUUGUUCAAUCCACUUUGGAAACCCCCGAGACCUGUUCGCCGUCUUACAGACCUGUUGGUGACCACAUUCGUGGCAGCACAUCGCCAUCUCUACACCAAUGAACUGAGCGAGCCUUUCACGGACACAUGCGACGACUUCCUAUCGUACCUGGAUCAUUCUAUAGGUGAAAUGGGUUCCAAUUUCAAGCUACAAGGAGUUUACAUUUCGUCCUGCAAUUUCGCCGCUGUGCUCGAAUAUGCCUCUCCCGAUGCGCUUUUGUUGGGUGAAUUUUCCACCAACGCUGCGCAGUCAAUAUCCCUGGACAAUAUCUAUUUUGCCUCCCGCAAAUUCUGGACGCCUGUUAGCGAUCUUAAGACCGUCGAAGAUGACUUUCUUGCACUCCGCGAUUCCAAGAUUAUCUCGCCGGGCGUUUUCUAUAGUUCCUGUCUAACAUUCCAGACAUUGUCGAUUAUGCUGGACCAGAUCGGCAAUAAGAACAUUUACCCUUCCUUCCACACUACUCUCGCCUUUCUCUGGUGCUUAGCCCGGACUCCCGGUAGCAUGAAGCGCAUUGAAGCUCUAGUGCCAUGGAAAGAGAUGGCCGCAUUUCUCAACACCCUGACACGCCAUUUUACCGACUUUACUCUUAUUGAAGGAACGGAGUUUCCAAGUACGAACGAAGACAGAUGGCUUCCCGAGGACUUCCUAAUCCGCGGCCAAAUUUGGAGCCAGAAUCUAUACCCGGCUGACUUCUUUGUCGGAGCCCCAACUGCGGAGAAUGGUCGAAAUAUCGAACCACCGUCUCGGGACCUUUUGCGGAUGCAUAGAUGUCUGUGGUUUGGAGUCAGGCUUGCUAUGUUCGACCGCUGGAUGACAUACGAUACGACUUCCCGAAAAUUUACCGCCACGGAAUUUACCUCGAAACUGAACGAAAUAGCCCAAAAACACAGCCCAUUCUACGGAAAAGGUCUGCAAAAGCGACCCGGCACUGACACGAACACUCAUGACACUUGAUAUUAUUGAUGCUUGUGCGUCAUUCUAUCUCGAGUGUCGAGAACUUACGUUCUCUGAUUGCAAUCAAGCCUCUGCAGGUGAUUUUCAGGUGCACAUACACGAUUCAAUGUGUCUGUCGAACAGCCGCAGUACUUGGGUAGAGAUUGCGUGUACUCUAUUAAUAUCAACUGAGUACAUCCAGCCUACACCACAAACGGUGAGGGCUAGAUGUAGGCAAGUAGGCCAUAAGGGCCAGCGAAGGUGCAGGACAAGUGUGCAUUUGUCCCUUCUGCUUGAUUUGUUAGCAUCUAACUAUGGGCUUUGCAUUCAGAAUAAGGCCGCUCUAUGUGCAUUACCAUUCUACAGUCGGACACAUAUCCCAGUAUAUAUUAAAUAAUAUAUUACGCCCGU